CACUAUAGACAAAGUAUAGGGGAGCUUUUCUUGCAUCACAGAAUCUUCUUCUCUCUCCUCACUUUCUUAAUUCUCAUUAACACUAUUAUCCGAGUGUGUUUUGUGUGUGAGUUCCAACUCCAAGUUAAAGGGACCAAGAGAGAAAGAAUAAAAAGAAAUAAGCUCAAAAGAAAAGAAGAACAUGGGGGUGAUAAAGGGUGCCAUUGGAGAUGCAACUUUGACAUCCAUAUGGGUUUUCAUCAUCUCAACUUUGAGGAUCGUAGCCACUGAGGUGGCACUUCUCCUUGGUCUCCAACCCUUUUCACUUUUAGGCCUCUUCAUAACAACCAUCCUAAACACCCUCUAUGUCCUCACCAUAAGCUUCAUUGGGAGGGUCUUAGGUGGUGCUAGCUUCAACCCUUCAACAAGUGUUUCCUUCUACACUGCAGGGUUGAGGCCAGACUCAUCUCUUGCAUCCAUGGCUGUGAGGUUCCCUGCUCAGGCUGCUGGUGGUGCUGUUGGUGCCAAGGCUCUCCUCAUGGUGGUGCCACCUCAGUACAAGGACAUGCUGAAGGGUCCUUUCUUGAAGGUGGACUUGCACACUGGUGCUGUAGCAGAAGGAGUGUUGACUUUCACUCAUAACUUGGCUAUACUCUUUGUCAUGCUUAGGGGUCCUAAGAACCCUUUUUUGAAAGUUUAUUUGCUCUCUGUGGCUACUGUGGCUUUGGCUAUUCCUGGUGCUGGCUUCACUGGGCCUGCCAUGAACCCUGCCAAUGCCUUUGGAUGGGCCUUUGUGAACAACAGGCACAACACUUGGGAGCAGUUUUAUGUCUAUUGGAUAUGCCCUUUUGUAGGGGCUAGUUUGGCUGCUUUUAUCUACAGGGUUAAGUUUAUGUCACCAAUCAAGCAGAAGAAAGCUUGAAUUAGUUUAGCUUAUUCUAUGUUUUAUUUAAUCAGUCUGAUGUCUGCUCCUUUCAAAGACUGUUGUUGGUAGGGAAACUUUGCUGUAACUUUUUGCAACUGGUAAUGUUCUUCUUUCAUAGAUAAUCCAGGCGUAGGUUAGCUUAUUGUAUGAAUUAGAUUUAUGAAAUGAGUGACUCCGUAGCAUUGAAACGUGAAA